UAUACACAGGUGGAGAUAGCAAAAGAAGAAAUCAUGGCGAAGUCAAUUGCCCUCCCCAUGCUUUGCCUUGUUCUUUUAGUAGCUCUGCCCUCCCCUUCUUAUUCUCAAGGGGGUCUCCAAUUUUGCCCAACUGAACUAACAAUACCUGGGACAUGCGGCAAUAAUGGAGGUUUCGAGUGUUUUGAAGCCAUAAAUGCGAAAUUUGGAGCUUCAGCAAUGGCAAUGAAAUGUACUUGCCAAGCUUUGCAAUCUAACGAGCGUCUCUGCAAAUGCUUAAUUGUUUGUCGAGAAUAAAAUAGAGCUUAACCUUGUAAUAAUCUCAAACCAAAUGGCCACCUUUAGCUACUUUGGUAAUUUGCAAUAAUCAGUUACAAUUUAAAUGCA